AUGUCGUCUGUACAAUCUGCUAAUUCGGCAUCUGCGGUCAAUGUCGAGCAUCUCCACGACCGGUUCAACCAAGUAAGUGCCGUUAACGGAGAAGGAAAGCAUCAGGAUGCCAGUUUAGAGACGUUCUCCGGGAAGGAAAAUGGCCAUGACAAGAGCCAGCCUCUCCAAGACGAGGACCCCCGCAAUACAACUGAGUAUUGGAGAGACGAAGAUUCGAGAGCAGUGCCUACGCCUACUGCUAGAAGGACAGGUCGACUCUCACUUUUCUCUUUCAAGGGGACGCACAAUGAGCAAGCUUCAGAGCAGCCGAGCGAGGAAAAAGAGCCAUUUCAAAAGAAGAUCCUGAAAGGAAUAAAACGAGUGACUACCCGGGGAGAUCCCGUGAGAAGUUCCACUGCCUAUGGGCAGAUAGACCAUUCCCAUGAACUUGAGUACAAAAGCCACAUGAAAACAAGAUGGUUGGUGGACGCCAACAUUCUAGGAUACCCAGCCGCGUUAAUCAUUGCCACAUAUUUUAUGUCUGAUGAGCACGGCACACGAAGAGUGCCACUUUUGCUUCAAAUGCUCAGCUUGACGCUGACUGAUGUCAGUACUAAUGUGCACACUAAAAAACGAAAAUUCAGAAUAGACCUUGAUUAUGCAGUGGGGAGCCAAUAUUUAAGAUGGUCCUUAGAAAAGACUUCCAGGGAUCUGGCAGUCUUGCACAACCGAUUGAGACUCAUGAUUUUGCAAGAGAACGUGCUACAGAAAGGCCACAAGGAGAUUGAGCUUCCGAAAUUUCCUAAAUACAAAAACCAAACCGCAUACUCGAAGCUAAAGCAAGGUGUCAAUAGAGCAGAAACCAACGCAUCAUCAAUAGUGUCGCCCAAUGAUGAUAACCCAACCGCAUACAAUCCAGUGAACUCUUCGCAAUCCAGUGACGAUGAUGAUAACACCAGCAUGUUCUCCGUUCGCUCAAGCCUAAGAAGGCAUGGCUUUUUCAAGCGUAAGCCCAACGAUAUUCUCACCAACGAGCAUUUCAGGGACGCGAUGCAAGAAUAUCUGGAUAAUCUGAUUCGUGCAUUCAACUUGCGCCCUCAAGCCAACCGUAUAUUCCAAUUUUUUGAACUGUCGCCUAUCGGAAUGCUUCUAUCAUACGAGACAGGACGAAAGCGCAAAGAGGGCUACUUGCUGAUCAAGACGACAGCGAAAGCUCAAGGAUGGAGGGUCGGGCAUUUGAAAGCCAGGGAGCUGAAAGCCAUGGUUGAGCGUCACAUUGCAAAAUGGUUCAUACUGGGACACAGCUAUAUCAUGUACGUUGCUGACAUAAACUCCACCACUCCGCUUGAUGUUUUCCUCAUCGACAGCAGUUUCAAAUUUACCCUUUCAGGCUUUGGGGAUGCUCCUGUCACAUUGCACAACUUAUCGGAGUUUGUGAAACAACAGCUCAAAGCCGAGGAGGAGGAAGACGAUGAUGAUGAAGACGGCUUUGUGGAAGAUCCCGCGCCGGUGCACAAAUCUUAUCUGUCAUUAACUCUUGAAAAUUCGGAAAGGAAGUUGAGUGUCGUGGGCAAGUCUGCAAAUCAGAUGAAAAGAUGGUGUGUUGCGAUUCAUGAAAUGGCAAAAGAGACCAUCUGGUCCAAGAAACAUCGGUUUGAGAGCUUUGCACCUGUCCGUGAUAAUGUGUUUGCAAAAUGGUUUGUGGAUGCUAGAGACUACAUGUGGGCUGUUUCCGCAGCAAUAGAAAUGGCAAAGGAUGUGGUCUAUAUCCACGACUGGUGGCUUUCCCCAGAAAUAUACCUCAGGCGUCCUGCAAAUGGUAAUCAGGAAUGGAGACUGGAUAGGCUGCUCAAGCGAAAGGCGGAACAGGGUAUCAAAAUUUUUGUCAUCGUGUACCGAAAUGUCGCAAACACCGUCCAGACAGAUUCCCUUUGGACUAAACACUCGCUACUGGAUCUUCAUCCAAAUGUUUAUGUCCUGAGAUCCCCAAAUCAGCUUAUGCAGAAUGUCUACUUUUGGGCUCAUCACGAGAAACUGGUUAUCAUUGAUCACACUGUAUGCUUUGUCGGAGGAAUUGACCUUUGCUAUGGAAGAUACGAUACUCCGGAUCACUCGGUGGUUGACGAUGCUCCAUGUGCAUUUGAUCCUAUCCCUCCAAAUAGUUCAAGUUCCACCGGAAACGCUCACAGCUACCAGAUCUAUCCUGGAAAAGAUUACUCAAACCCACGCAUUUGCGACUUUUUUGAGCUCAACCAGCCAUUCCAGGACAUGAUCGACAGGCAGUCAGUCCCUCGUAUGCCAUGGCAUGAUGUCCACAUGAUGACCUGCGGCCAUAUUGCAAGAGAUCUAUCAAGACAUUUUGUUCAGCGUUGGAAUUUCUUAUUACGCCAAAAGCGCCCGUCAAGACUUACACCUUUGCUCUUGCCCCCAAGAGACUUUACUGAGCAAGAAAUUGAGGAUCUAGGACUCACUGGUACUUGCGAAGUCCAAGUUUUGCGUUCAUCUUGUUCUUGGUCCCUUGGGCUCCAAGAGCCCGAGCAAAGUAUCCACAAUGCUUAUCUGAGACUCAUAGAAACGAGUGAGCAUUUUAUUUACAUCGAAAACCAAUUCUUUGUCAGCAGCCACGAACAUGAUGGUGUGGUGAUUAAAAACAAGAUUGGCGAUGCGCUAGUUGAGAGGAUUAUUCGUGCGCAUGCAAACAGAGAGUCAUGGAAAGCAGUCAUUAUCAUACCCUUGAUGCCUGGUUUCAAGAGCCAGGUUGAUAGCAAAGAAGCAUCGUCGAUAAGAGUGAUCAUGCAGUGUCAAUAUAUGUCUAUUUCCAUGGGAGAGACAUCCAUUUUCGCUAGACUGAGAAGGGCUGGUAUCAGACCUGAAGACUAUAUUCAAUUUUACUCGUUGAGAAAAUGGGGAUACAUUGGAAGAAAGAAGUCCUUGACCACAGAGCAAUUGUAUGUUCAUGCAAAAACGAUGGUUGUGGACGACCGCAUUGCGAUAAUUGGGUCUGCAAAUAUAAACGAGAGAUCGAUGAGAGGUACUAGAGACUCGGAGAUUUGCACGAUUGUUCGUGACAAAGAAAUGAUCGACACCUUCAUGGACGGAAAACCAUAUAAGGUUGCCAAAUUUGCUCACACUUUGCGAAUGCGGCAGAUGAGAGAACACCUAGGCGUUGACGUGGAUCUGCUAGAGCUUGUGGAACGAAGAUUCUCUCAGAUAGAGAAGUUUGCAUGUACUCCCGAAGGUCUGACCAGUGCUACAUCGAAAACGGGAGACAAAAAAUUGUCGGCAAUGGUCGAGCUCGCUGCUCGGUAUGUUUUAGAUCUACCUGACGGAACACCUCGCUUCAAAUCGGAGUUGACUACUCACAGGACUGCUGGUGGCGAGCUGACCAAGAAGCUAAUAGAUUCAUUCCACAACGAUUAUGAUGAUGCCCUUUCGGAUAACUUGGACCAGAUUCCAUACGUUUACUCCUUCAACCAUCGAGCAGGUGAAGAGAAUCCUGGUAUUAGAGAGAAAAAGGCAUUUUCGAGCGAUUCGCGGGUCACAGACAAAGCCCAUAGAAGCGAAGUCAAAGGGUUUGGGCCGGACAAGUAUCAGUCAGCAACUCAUGUGAACUCCAAGUCAAAAAAUACUAAGCUUCUUGCAGAGUGGGCAAGUUCGUCUUCUUCUGAUAUUCAUCAGACUCUUCCGUGCAUUGAGGAUGUGUUAGAUUUCAUCAGUAACGAUGAUAAGAAUCUACCAGCAGAUGUUCUCAACCAUCAAAGGUGGGAUAUGCUCAAGAGAUUGCACUAUUUACAAAAGCUUUUCAACAAACGAAAGCGGGAGUCCGAGAAUGCAUCUGCCAAUAACAAGGAAGAUGCUGGAAACUUCUCUUCAGGAACGGAAAAUGGAUAUGCCGAAAGCUCACUCGUGAAGUUGCCUCGCUUUCCAGCCACUUCGCUUUCGGACGCAGAUGUUGAAGAUUUGAGUGCGAACUGUCUUCCUAGAGUCUCACAGAUUUUUGUGGACCCUUAUUCUUUUGAGGACCCUUUGGAUAUUGAUUUCUACGAAGGCUUAUGGAUGCCGCAAGCUCUGCGCAACACGAUGAUAUACCAAAUGGUCUUCCAUGUUCAACCCGACGACAGCGUUCAGACAUGGAGCGACUACAAGAUGUUCCAGGAACUCAAGGAGUCGUUCCUUUUGCAUCAAAGGGCCAGUCACGGAGGUGCAACUGCGGCUGACGGAGAGCAUGGUGGCACAGAAUUGAUGUCUCAGCAACUGAGCCCGGAGACAGCGAACGACAACCACGGAUCGAACGAGAGUGUGGCAAGCUCGACAGGCAUUCAGACACAGCCACCGCUGAGCUCCGAGACAGACGAAGCUCAGAUCGACAGUUUGCGGUAUGCCAUUCGUCGGUCCAAAAUUGCCGAGCUCGAAAGAUAUACUCGUUCGGGAAUAUCCAACACUUACAACAGAUCCAAAGCCAAUCCGUUGAUGGGGGUUCCUUCCGUGUACGACUACGAGUCUGCCGAGAAGCUACUGAAGCUUAUCACGGGCCAUUUGGUUAUCUUCCCUACCAAGUGGCUCCAGAAGGAGGUUGAGUCGUCGAACUGGUUUUACACGGCGGAUAAGCUUCCUCCCGUCCAAAUCUAUAAUUGA